GCAGUGCGUCUCCUCAGCGCAUCUUGCGGCCACUUUCGGUAAGCAGCGCCUUCUGGGUUUGAGCGCAUUACCUCUGCCGAAAACACGUCAACCACUGCAGCAGCAGCACUGCACGGAGACAGCAGCAGGCCUACGAGGAGCCACAGGGAAGCUUGUCAGCUACAGACUUGCUCAUUCUUAAUUAUCUCCAUGGCUGCUGAUGAGACCCGCAGGAGCCGGACCUGCUCGAAAUGCGCCAAUUAUCUGCAAAGGACGGAUGUGUGUUCGUGUGUGUACAGUUGAAAGCAAAUGCAGCUAAUUAAUACGGAGUCGCUUAACUGUGGUUGUCAGUAGUUCAAUUAAAAGGACGUGCGUUGUCUGCUCUUUACGUAACCUUUUUUGCGUAAUUUUGAUGCCGCGUGGACCAGGAUUAUUUUGGCGAGGAUAUCUGUAGCUAGUGCUCUCCCCUCCUCCCUGCAUCCGUUGUUGUCCUCAACAGCAGACACUCAUUCAGACGGGGACUAUUUGUCUGGGGCAACAUUAUAAACAGACGAGGAGCUGUUUUAAUGAAAUCCAACAUCGCUGUAUCCAGGUCGAAGAGAGAUAAGGAGAGCGAGGGAGAGAGAGGGAAAUGGGAAAAGGAAGAAAAUCAAUGCAUUUCUUCCAGGACUGUGAAUGCACAUGGGUUAGCCCUUCAAUCAGCAAUGCUUUGGAAUCCUCCAGCUGCUCUUCCAUGCUGUUUUCUGAGAAUGGGAUCGUAGUAAACCUCUCUGGGAUUUAGAUCAACUGCUAGCAUGUUGCAUUCUUCCACCAGAACAGGUGACAGCCUGUUGGAAACAUUACCUCAUUGGAGUAAGCAUCCGAGAUGGGUCCUUUCCCUCACCCUCUGCAUGGCUCUUCUCUGGCUUCCAGGGGCAGCAGCAUCCACCUUAAACUGCCAUAAGACAUGCAUCUGCGCCUCAAACAUAGUGAGCUGCUCCAAGAUGAAUCUGACCACCAUCCCAUCAGGUCUACCGCUCUACACUGCUGUGCUGGAUCUCAGCUACAAUGAGAUAGUGCGGCUGCGAGCUGAGUGGACCCCAGUCAAGCUCCUGAAGCUCCAUAACCUCCUCCUCAGCCAUAAUGGUCUCCAAUUCCUGUCUUCAGAGGCAUUCCUAUAUGUGAAGCACCUGCGCUACUUAGACCUGUCCUCCAACAACUUGCGACUGCUGGACGAGUUCAUCUUUGAGCCCUUGGUCAACCUGGAGGUUCUCUUGCUGUACAAUAACCAAAUUUCCCAGAUUGAUCGCUCAGCCUUUAUCGGCAUGAUCAAUCUUCAGAAGCUCUACCUUAGCCAGAACCAAAUCUCCCGUUUCCCAUUGGAGCUGGUCAAGGAAAAGUCCCGUCUGGAGAAGCUUAGUCUCCUGGAUGUGUCCUCCAACAAGAUCAAGCUAUUACCCCUUGAUGAGCUCCAGGUGCUGCCUGCCUGGAUUAAAAAUGGUCUCUACUUCCACAAUAACCCUCUGCUGUGUCACUGUGAUCUCUACACUCUCCUUGCUCAUUGGUACAUUCGAAAGCUGAACUCCGCUGUGGACUUCAAAGGCGACUACACGUGUAUUCUGCCUGGCCCGCAAAAAACCCAAGUAGGUGUUUUUGAUCUCAGCGAUGACCAUAUGAACUGCAGCACAUUCAAGGAGGCAGAUGAAGAGGCUUUUCUGGAGCAGAGGCUGAUUCUUAGCUGUGACACCAAACACAGGAACAUGUUAAAGACCUGGAUGAUGCCUGGGAAUGUGGUGGUGACACCUGGAAGCAACCAGACAGCCAAAGUCUUGCCAGAUGGGAGUUUGCAGAUUAGUUCGAUCAGAAAUGAUGACUCUGGGACCUACACUUGCUUUGCAAUGAGCGAGGGCUUCAAUGAGACGAUCUAUGUGGUGCUGAAGGUUCACAACUUCACCAUAAACGGGGGCGGAGAGACCCUGAACACAGCGUACACCACCUUGGUGGGCUGUCUGGCCAGUGUGGUGCUGGUGCUCAUGUAUCUUUACCUGACACCAUGUCGCUGCUUCUGCUGCCCCAAUAAAGGUAAGGCUCGGGGUGAGGACAGCAUCCACUCGUCCAUGCUCAGCGUGACACCGACCCACGAUGACCCAGCGCUCAAGGCCGAGCUGAACAGGCACGUGGCGUUUAUAGACUCCAAGGAAUUGCAGGGCCAGAACGGCAAGCUGAACCCCAAUGGGGAUGAGGAUGAUGAUGAUCUGGAUGCAGAGGCUGGUUCUCUUAUGAAGGGAAAGAGAAAGAAGUCAGUAGCAGAGUCCAUCAGCUCCGUCUUUUCAGACACUCCCAUGGUGGUCUGAGAUGAGACCGGCAAAGAGGAUGGAUGCCACACAACAGGAUGUAAAUGGUACGUGAGCCAUCGUUUUAGUUAAGGCAAACUGUGAUUGUGACCUUUUGGGAGGAAACAGAGGAGGGAUGUUCAUCUGUAGUUGCUGGCAAGUGGAAAUAAUGAUCUCAAAGAGAGUACAAAAACAAACUUGUCUUGUUGCCGACAAUAACAAUAAGCAGGACUUUUCCAGCAUUUUAAUCUGUAGCACUUAAUAUUCAUACUGUGAAGGAAUGGCAGUGUACAUGAACAGUGGAAACUACUCAAGUCUUAUGAGAGCAAAACGUAGAUGAUAUAUUGUUGAUAUCAGCACUCAGGAUGUGAUCCAUUAAACUGCUAAAGUGUGGGAAAUAGCAUAUGAUACAAUGGUUUAAAUUAGAUUUGACUCAUAAUUAUAUUUAUUACAAGGACUAGAAUAGAUUGCGUCUUACCUACAACAUUAGAGCAUAGAUACAUUUACCCAUCCUCAUCAACACAGGGACAGAGACGUCCGCCAUCACAAGGCUAUUAAUUCAUCUGUUGUUAACCUUGAGACACUAUAGAGAAACCGCAUGCCAUAAACCCACAUUAUACGAGGUCUCAGGCUGAUCUGUACUGAUCUUUAAGUGGGAUAAAGAAAAUGUUCAUUCAUCAGAUUCUCAUUUAGUCAUUGAGAAAGCAGUAGCACAAACAUUAUAUUAAGAGGCCAUCGCAGGUCAUUUCCAUCCUACUUCAUGGCUGAUACUUAGUUACACUCAUAUAGUUCAUCAGACCAAUCUCUUUUUGUAUUCAGUCAUAUGUGUAGCGAUACAGGAGAAAGCUAUAGGGAUCAAUUUACAAAGAGGUAUGGUAUAAAAUAGUUAACCAGCUCGAGGCAGAACAUUGCUUAUAUAUGAAUUGUAUAUCAAAAUAGUUGCCUCUUAGUUCUUGCACAUUUACAGUAUAACCCAAAAGAAGGCUUACACAAUUAAAAACAUGUAACUCCUCCAGCAGAUACACAUUAAAUGCAGGGAAGUAUUUUGUCUUGACUGGUUAUCAACAUAUUGUCUCACUUUUGUAUAGACAGGUACCAUCAUCCUUACAAGGAUUAAUAGACUGAGGUACUGCAGAGUUUGACUCAUCCUAUUGGCAAAGUUAUAGCAUUUGUUUCUCUCAGUCACACUAGCAGGAAGUUAAAUACCAAGCUAAAAGCUGCCAGCUCAAGUUUGUUUCUUUUUCUUUCCUGUAUGUAAAAUGUGCACCCCAACAUAUUUUAAUGUGCAUUGCUCAAAUAAAACAUAAACCUUGGUGUAUUCAUAUGUCAUAAAAUAUGUCGUAGAUUUAACUAUUUGAUUUUACCAUUUUGCUCAGAUGGACAAUAAUUUAACAAGUGUCGCACUGGUUUGCCCUGUGGUAGUAAAAGCUGUAUAUCGUAUUAGCAGGUAAACAUUAGUGUGCCACCUAAUAAAACCUACAGGGUUCUUCCAAACGACUAUGAGUAAUGCUGAUGAGGCUUUGACAGUAGAGAGCUGGUUUUAUACUUUGUAGCUACUGACAGGAAACCUAAUGUAACACAUUGUGAUCUUCUGAAGAUGCAAUUAUAUUAUAGAUUACAAUUACAAUUUAAUCUAUUGUGAAUUUCCCAUGCAAUACACCUCAUAUGCUGUGCAUAUUUCAUUAACAAGGUUUAAAACAGGCAUUAACAAGAAAGAGUGAUUUCAUUAAACUGUGCGGUGUUUGGGUCAUAAUGCAAAAAGGCUAGCCCUGCGUAAAUGCUAAUUGCAUCGUUUGAUGGGAUGCAGCUUCCCUCUGUUCUCCAUGUCUUUGUCUCUCUGAGCAGAAGGGGAUAGGUGUGUUAUCAUGAGUCACAGCAACACAAAGCCAUUCUCUUUGGCUCCCUGUACAAUGACAGCCUCAAUUCAGCCCAGAUGUAUUUGCUUUACCUCUGUCAUUACGAGGCUGGCCUGACUUAAAAGCAAUCAUUCAACGAAGCAAUGAAUAAGUAGUCUCUAAUUUGUUUAUGAGUGUAUGUACUGUAUAUUUAAUGCCUGGAGCUUUCAUUGAACAUUUGCUCUCCCACCGUGAUUGGAAAGUAUAAGAACCUGGAAAAAAUAAUGUUCAAAUUAAUUGCUGAAUGCUUUUUAGUUUUCCACUUCAACACCACAGUACAUAUUAGAACAGAUAGGUAUGUAGAAUCACAUACAUCUUGCAAUUAAAUAUCAGUAUAGUUCUCAAAUGUGAAGAUAUAUACUGAUAUUUCUGAGCGCAAUAGGUUUCUACGCAAAAUUGAUGUUAUAUUCACAGUUGCAGUGUGCAACGCAACAUCUUCUGUGUGUGGGUGAAAAAGGAAGUCACACUUAUCAGAGAGGUGGUGUGUGAAUCAUUCCACUCUCUCACGCAUAGGAAUACCAGGUGGAAAAAUAGCAAAAACACCACAAGACGCAUUCAAAUAAAGCCACAUUUAGCACUACUGUUGACUGGCUGCAAUCAGCGAAGAAUCUAUCCCAUUUUUAAGGAUCCAGCCCCUAAAUGUUGCCCUCGAGAAUUGAAAUACACGUGCUGUUCCCUGCUUUCUCACCAUGGGAUCAGUCUUUCAAGCCCUGGCCACUCAAGGCAGCAUGAGAAGCUACAAAAUGCCACAUCACAGAAUCUGAAGUGGCUAAAAACUAAAAUCAUACACAUAUAUUACAGCUGUUUUAUAGCACACAUUGAACCGCCAAACCAUCAAGGAAUAGAAUGUGUUUGCCCCCCAUUACCCCAGUGUAAAUCAAGAUAAAUCUGCCGUGGUCUUCUCUAAGUUUUCACUCAAAAUACAAGUUGCAGUUCUGUACAGAGAAAAACUAAGUGCAUUGCGAAGGUCCUAACAUAGAGAAGAUUGGCUUGGUUCUCUCCAAAGCAAAUCUCCCUUCCUAUAUAUAUCUAUAUAUACAGUAUAUACAUAUGUAUUAAAACUCACUUUUCUGUGUUCAGUAUUGAUAAAUUGUGUACUGCUAUGUUCUACCAGUGUACUAACUGUAUUCUUGUAUAAUCUGUUGUUGAUCAUUUUGCAUUUUGUCUGCCACUGUGCUACUGUUAGUUGUUUCAACAUUCAAGUCUUAACCAUAAAUGUUUAUUUUCUAAGCGGGGUGGGGUUUAGUUUUUUAUUGACAUAUGAUGUAUUUUACACUUGACUGCUGAACAACAUGGUUAAACACAAAAUAUAUAUUAAACAUGUAUGAAAAACUGCACAGGAGUGCCAGUUUUGAAAUAUUUGAUACAUCCUAAAUGGACAGUGAGUAUGUAGCCACCAGUUAUUUUCAGUCAGUAUCAUAAAGCCAUAAGGAAUUCAACAAGAAAGCACAGUGCUUAAUCAGAUUGGUGGCUAUUUCAGAUGAUGUAUGGAGUCAAAGGUGAGUUCUCAAACGGAUAACAUUAUAACAAUUAAAGCAAGAACUUUUCUGAAUAUUUUAUAAAAGCCAGGAAUGUAGGAAAACUAAGAGAUCUCUCUACCCACACCAAUGAAUUCCUGAUACACAAUGGGUUUUGAAGUGAUAUGAAGUCAGAGGGUAAAUAAAUAUUCUCAGGACUAUGUCAGUUUUAAGUUCAAAUGUAAUACGAUACACAGAUGUUUUCACAUUUGCAGCAUCAAUAAGACUUUGUUUUACAGUUCACAGGCCAAGUGCCAUUUGCAUUAAUUGUACAUUAACUGUUCUCUUAAUGAUCAGUUCUCACAGAUUAGGGAAGGGAGUGAUCUCUGCCUGAAAUACAUCCAUCUCCGUUCAUCUAUGUAGUGGCAAUAUGGAAACAUCCCUGAGGUGGUCAGGCUAAAAGCUUGCUGCUUUAACAGUGUGCAACUACAAGUGUCCACAGGACAAGAAUGGAGAUUUUAACAUUAUAAAAAGCACUGAGUUCAUUGACCACGGCUUCAAAGAUGAGCUGGUUGGUCACUGCCAUAAAAUCAGAAAGGUCUCGCAGCUAGAGUGGAAUGGCUUUGCAUGGUUCGCUUAGAGCUUCUCUGACUGCAGGUUGGUGCAACCUAAUAGGCAUUAAAGAUAAAGAAUUGCUGAUCCUUUGACUUAAUAAAAAGAUGACGAUUUA